AUGAUCCCAUUCUCUCUUCAGGCAAUCUUCGCACAUCUACUCGUUGUUGUUGCAGCUUCUGGAAGUUGCAAAACCUCUCCCGAUGAUUCAAGCUGGCCUUCUGCCAACGAAUGGCAGGCAUUAAACCAGUCAAUCCAGGGGACUCUCAUAAAGACCGCUCCUGCAGCCUCGUCAUGUUACCCCGGGAAUCCAUUUGGCUCCUCGGAGAAUUGUACUGUUGUGAAAAACCAUUGGACCUAUGCCUCGUACCAUUCUUCUUGGCCUGAGAGUGUCGACUACCCGAUCUACGCCAACAACUCUUGUCUACCACAGGGGGCUACUGGAUACACCAAGGAUAGAGGGUGCGAGAUUGGUGGUCUACCGCGGUAUAUUGUGAAUGCCACGACUGAGAUGCAGAUUGCUACUGCGAUGAAAUGGGCCUCACACAGGAACAUUCGUGUAGUCGUGAAGGGAACCGGACAUGAUCUGAAUGGUCGGUCGACGGGAGCAUUUUCACUCUCCAUUUGGACGCAUAAUUUCAAACACACGAUGCACCACCCAAAUUGGAUUGUUCCUGGCAGGAAUGAAACCGUGGACGUUCUCGUCUGUGGCAGUGGAAAUAACUGGGGCUCUGCCAAUCUUGCAGCACACAAAGUGCACAGAGUUGUCGUGGGCGGCGAAGACUCUACAGUGGGAUUGGGUGGCUUGAUACAAAACGGUGGCCACGGGUGGCUGUCAAGCCAUUAUGGUCUUGCAUCGGACCAAGUAUACCAAGCCACCGUCAUAACCACUGAUGGUCAUCGCCUUGUUGCAAAUGCCGCACAGAACCAAGAUCUUUUCUGGGCGAUUCGCGGCGGCGGCGGAGGACAGUUUGGCGUGGUAACCGAGUUUGUCCUGAAAACUUAUCCUGAACCUAAGAACAUGGUCACGGGAGGGUUUUCCUUCCAUGCAGUAUCCGACUCCAACGUUAGUGAAAGUGCGUCUUGGACUGCUAUGGCCGAGCUUUCUUCUCUCAUUCCCGAUAUUAUGGAUACUGGCCUCACAGGCAGUGUCACCGCGCUAACGGGUCAACAGGCCGUGGCGCUGAUGGGGCUAAAGCAAUCAGCUCCCGGUGUCGCUGUGUCUGUGGGUUUGACUGGGUAUAACAUGACAACUCGUGCCAUGAACGCUAAAAUCAACAAUUUGGUAGCGCGGAUUGCCAACGCCACGCAGGGGAGCCAUUUGAACUUCUCUUUGACAGCACCGACUUCUAAGAGCUAUUACACCGACUCUGGCUCUAGUACCGCUGCUGGGGCUGUCAGCCUGCUCACUAGUCGCCUCCUGGGCCGACGGGAACUCUCCGAUAUCCCCAAAGAGGACCUGAUUCAGUACCUUCAACGGAUCCUCGUUUCUGAUGGCCCCGCUGGAUCGAUGCUUCUUUUCGGUCUACAAGGCGGGCUUGGACUCGCUAACGUCCCAGAGCAAAUGCGCGGAAGUGUUCAUCCAGCCUGGCGUCAAGCCUAUGCACAUGUGAUGACUUACGGGGCAUCAAUCAAUGCCACUGGUGAUCCAACUGAGUCUUUGAAAUCCGGAGCGAAAUACUACGAGAGAGUCAAAGAGCCUGUGUGGAGGGAAUGGGCUCCGAAUACCGGUGCCUACAUGAAUGAGGGAAACCCUUUUAGUACUACGUGGAAGCAGGAUUUCUAUGGUGAAAACUAUGAAAAGCUUCUGGAGAUCAAGCGCAAGUACGAUCCCAGUGAAAGCUUGUUCAUUUGGAGCGGCAUUGGAAGUGAUAUGUGGGAUUACGACCUGAAAACUGGAUUGUUGUGUCGGACAUCCUGA